AUGGAAUCCAUCAAUGUUGCAGUGGAUGAUAAUAUCACAGUGGAAGGAACUGAUGUCGAAGAAGAUGUUGGCACAUCAUUUCAGCAUACUGAUACUUCUGAAAAUGAGGGAGUUAUUGAGUCAAAUAGUGAACCACAAGCACAUAGGGCUUGGUAUGAAAGGCUAAUUGAGUUCCUUGUCAACAAUGGCUACAGAAAAGGAGGGACAAACAAGACCUUGUUCGUUAAAGAAGAGCAUGUUAAACUCAUGAUAGCUCAAAUAUAUGUUGAUGAGAUUGUGUUUGGAGGGAUGUCGAACCAGAUGGUCCAAUAUUUUGUCAGGCAUAUGCAAUCUGAAUUUGAAAUGGGUCUUAUUGGUAAAUUGACUUACUUUCUUGGCCUUCAAGUCAAACAAAUGGAUGAUACUAUCUUUAUCUCUCAAAGCAAGUACGCUAAGAAUAUAGUAAAAAAGUUUGGCAUGGAAAGUGAAAUUUACAAAAGGACACCUGCACCAACCCACUUGAAGUUAACUAAAUAUGAAAAGGGUGGAGAUGUGGAUCAAAGUCUAUACAAGAGUAUGAUUGAUAGUUCGUUGUAUCUUACAGCUAGCAGACCUGUCAUUACAUUUGUUGUAGGAGUGCGUGCAAGAUAUCAGUCUGAACCCAAAAUGAGUCAUAUUACUCAAGUGAAAAAGAUCAUAAAAUACAUCAAUGGGACUAGUGACUAUGGAAUGUUGUAUUUUCAUAAUGAAAAUUCCAUGAUUAUAGGAUACUGUGAUACAGAUUGGGCAGGUAGUAGUGAUGAUAGAAAGAAAACUUAUGGAGGAUAUUUCUUCUUGGGAAAUAAUCUAAUUUCUUUGUUCAGCAAGAAGCAAAAAUAUGUGUCAUUAUCUACGAUUGAUGCUGAAUAUAUUGCAUCAGGAAGCGGUUUCUCUCAAUUAAUUUGGAUGAAGUAA